GGCGGUGUUCGCCGCCUAUGCGCUGCUGCCGGUUGGCGCCCCCGUCGCUGCUGCUUUUGGCAUACUUCUGCCCACCGUUCAUACUAUAGCGGCGGCGCUCGUCGCUCAUCGGUUUCCAUACCACGUUUGGCAACAGAUGGUGGGCAACGUGGUGGUGUUUGUGUGCGUGAACGUUGUGGGCGCGCUGAUGCACUCGCUGAUGGAGACGGCCCAGCGGCGCGCAUUCCUCGAUACGAGGAACUGCAUCGCGGCCAGGCUUGACAUGGAGGAUGAAAAUGAGAAAUUGGAAAGAUUGCUACUGUCCGUACUGCCGCAACACGUGGCAAUGGAAAUGAAGAACGACAUCAUCUCGCCGGUCGAGGGCCAGUUUCACAAGAUAUACAUACAAAAACACGAGCAAGUCAGUAUAUUAUUCGCCGAUAUCGUGGGCUUCACGGUGCUUGCAUCACAGUGCAGUGCGCAGGAGCUUGUGAGGUUGCUGAAUGAACUUUUCGGCCGGUUUGAUCAACUUGCUAAUGAUAACCACUGUCUUCGUAUCAAAAUUCUGGGCGACUGUUAUUACUGCGUGUCUGGUUUACCCGAGCCGAGGUCUGACCACGCGCGGUGCACUGUUGAGAUGGGGCUGGACAUGAUUGAUGCCAUUGCGUCCGUGGUGGAAGCUACAGAUGUACAACUGAACAUGCGUGUGGGAAUUCACACCGGACGAGUGUUGUGCGGUGUACUCGGCCUCCGCAAAUGGCAGUACGACGUGUGGUCGAAUGACGUCACGCUUGCAAAUAACAUGGAGGCUGGCGGAGAACCGGGACGAGUGCACAUUACGCAAGCAACGUUGGAGUGUCUCGGUGGUGCGUACGAGGUGGAGCCGGGUCAUGGAGCCAGUCGCAACGCGUACCUUAGGGAUCAUUCGGUGCAAACAUACUUCAUUAUUCCCCCACCUAGACGGAGAAAAAUGUGUCUAUCAUCAAGCGUCGGUCUCGGCUCGGGGUCUCGUCGCAAGCUCUCCUUUAAAAAUGUCUCCAACGUCGUGGUACAGCUGUUACACUCAAUAAAGUUCAAUGUGGACGUGCCUUUUUCAAAUAUGGCUGCCUCACCACAGGAGCUCAAGGCCAAUGCAGCUAGGAAGAAUAAAGUAACGGAGAAAUUCAAACGGCCUCUGAAAAAGCGUCACUCGUCUGUGUACCAUCAGCCGACGAACCGCGUGAACAAGUACUUGGCGCAAGCCAUCGACGCCCGCUCCGUACACCGAGAGAAGGCCACGCACGUACAUCUCUUGACACUGUGCUUCAAAGAUGGAGCGAAGGAGGCACAGUACCGAGCGUCAACAGAUGGCGGCUGGGCGGGUUCUCUAGGCGCAGCGCUGGGGGCGUUAGCUGCGGCGGGUGCCCUACAAGCGGCGAUACUACCCCGCACCACGAUACUCCUGUUACUCUUCGUUACCGCUUUCGCUUGGUCAGCUGCAGUGCUAGCAUUGACUCUAGCCGCCAGGCUCAGGCUCAUACCGUGCGACGUGUCCCGCCCGUUUGCGCUGAGGAAUGCCAUCACCACCUUCACGAUUGUACUCGGGUAUGCGGUGGGCCAAGUGAAUGUGGUGACGUGUAGAGAAAUCGACGUUUGUCGCAACCUAACCGAGAAUGUGACGACCAUGGACGAGAUUCGUCACGCAAGUGGAGACAUAGCGGCUGCAUUGUGGAGUAGUAGUGACCACCGAGCAUGCCCCGUACCUCUUUAUAUCACCCUCGGUUGCUGCCUUAGCAUGCUGGCAGUCGCUGUGUUCCUCAGACUGCCUAUACUCGUCAAGGGGGUACUGUUGGCGGUCAUGACCGCCGGCUACAUGGCAGUCAUCAUGGCGUACCAUAAGGACUUGUUUGAUUGUUACGAUCUUAUGACUGAGCCUGGGCCGGUGGGUUCAGCGGCAACAGCUUGCGCGUGGACACUGGCGCUAGCACUUGCCGUGCUACUACACGCGCGGCAGACCGAGUGGACCGCGCGCCUCGACUUCCUCUGGCAGGCGCAGGCGCGUGACGAGAAGCGGGACAUGGACGCGCUGCAGGCAUCCAAUAGGCGGAUAUUAUUCAAUCUGCUCCCAGCACAUGUUGCGACGCAUUUUCUCGACAAUCAAUUCAGGACCAACAUGGAUCUUUAUCACCAGUCCUACCAGCGCGUGGGCGUUGUGUUCGCGUCUAUCACCAACUAUCACGAGUUCUAUAUGGAGCUCGACGGAAACAAUCAGGGCAUGGAAUGCCUUAGACUUCUCAACGAGAUUAUUGCUGAUUUUGAUGAGCUGUUGGGUGAAGACCGUUUCAGUGCAAUAGAUAAAAUUAAAACAGUGGGUUCAACAUACAUGGCGGCUGUUGGCCUGAUACCAGACAAGAAAAUGUCAGAUGAAGCCAAUUCUCGUAAGCACAUGGCUACCUUGGUCGAAUUUGUUUUCGCUAUGAGGGAUAAACUAAAAGAUAUCAACGAUAAUUCUUACAAUAACUUCAUGUUGCGAGUUGGAAUAAAUGUAGGACCUGUUGUAGCUGGGGUAAUCGGCGCCAGAAAACCACAAUAUGAUAUUUGGGGUAACACCGUCAACGUUGCCUCUCGUAUGGAUUCCACUGGUCUUCCGAAUCAUACACAAGUAACCGAAGAGGUUUAUCAUUUACUCAAAGAUAUGCCGUAUCAGUUUGUAUGCAGAGGGAAAGUGAAAGUAAAGGGAAAAGGCGAGAUGACCACAUAUUUUUUGACGGACAGAGCUCCAGCGAAUAGCACUGGAACUAAUCCAAGCUCGAAUGGAGCAACUCCUAACCCUCCAUCAGCAUAUGGUGGAGUGGCAACACCUUUAGCCAUGCUGCAAAAUUCGGCCAGGCGAGCUGCUGCCCAGCCGUCUAGGUUACCUCCCUUGAGAGAAACAUCAGUCGCCGCGGAAAAUGAACCCUUAUUACCGUCUAACGGACAUCAAAAUAACGGAAACAAUCAUAAGGGAAGUAAAGGUAGAAGAAAUAAAGAACCCGAGGAAACGCCACCUCCACCACCGCCUCACGGAAUAUCGGGGCAUCCUAGAUGGCCACCGCCCCGUGCCUUAGUUCCACCCUGGCCUCGACCGCAGGAACCUCGACCUCCUGCUGCUCAUAAACGAAGGCCACCACCUCGAUUGCCUAGACCGCGAUCUAGUGAAAGCUUACCACUUGCUCGCAGUCCGCGCGUACAUUCGUCUGCCGACGAACUCAGCUCUCUAACUAGAUCUCCAAGCCUCAGUUCCUCCGAUGAAAGUUAUUCGAGGACCACAGAUGCGUCUCCUUCGCCUCCGCGACCGACGCAGUGGCUGCCGCCAUCGAGACCUCAAAGAACAAAUCCUAGUCCUGCAUACGACUACCCACCUGUUAGAACGGCUAAACCCAUGCCGAACCACAUCAAUGAAUUGUAUGCUAAACAUAAAAUAAGUAAAAAGCCGUCUCUCGAUGAUAAAUUCCUCGAUGGCAGCAUUAACUUUCACAAGGAAGAGGAAAAAUUACAGAGGAGCAUAAUAAACAUGCUUCAGGCGUCUGCGAAACGCGACGGGUGCUGUCAAACGGACAAGAAAGACGUGUCGAGUCGUCGAACUAAUUCGUUCUCUAGUACGGGGAGUAGACCGAACAACCUGAAGCACUUGAACCAGGAUAGUAGGGAGGUGUUCACAAAACGAAGUCCGACAGACGUAGUUUGCGUGCCACCAUUUGAGAGAGAAAUUCAAAGGCUACUCGAUGAUAAGAAUCAUAUUAAAAACAACACGCAGAAAAUAGAAAGAAAAGAAUUAAAGCUGGAUCUGAGAAGUCAGCAUUCGUCAUUAGAGCCGGUGCGCAACUGUAACAACAAUAGCAGUCCACUGCACGCGGUGGGGCUGGCGGCCAUCACGCAGCUGGCGCGGCAGGACGGCGCCAGUCCCGCGCGGCCUGCCGGUCCGCCCGGUGCGGCUCCUCACGUCGCCUCACCACUGAGGCCGAUCGCCUCCGCAGACUUCCCCGGCGUGCUGCCCACCGAUGUCGUCGUGGAACUACCCUCGCCUACGCACAAUAGGGAACGUAACUCUAGUCCAUCCUGUAUACGUGAGGCAGAAGCGGCGACUUCUAAAGAGAAGCAAGAGAAAGAAAUUCAGGAGAGACUACAUAACCGGGUGACCACUUCGAAUCAUAGAGAAAUGGGCCUCUACGGUGAGAGUCAAUCCGAAUGGAGUUCGUCGUGUUCUGAGGGUGAAGGCGACGGGGAAGGUGGGCAGCCAGAGAGUACCGGCUACACGACCGACGACCCGGCGCUCGAGAACGUCUCGAUGUUGAACGAAGCGGGUCUUACAGACGCCGAGGCGGCCCUCAGCGACGUCAACUCGUGCUACUUCGACCGCGACGACGACGUGUCUUCGCGCGCUUCCUCCCGUCUGCUCGACUCCGAGGCACUAGUUUCCCUCGAGUCACUCAGCGCCAUCUACGACUCGGACGAACCAGCGCACAGGUACUUAGCGAACAUCCGUACCGUUACAGAAUCCAUUACGAGGAACUUCGGCCAACCCGCCCACGUCACCGACGGCGAGAGUGAUGUGUAGUGAUAAUGUCGUGUGAUACGGUACUUGUGAAUCGAACGGUUAUGAUUGAACCGUCGGAGCGAACGCCUGCAUAUACUCUCUGUACCCUUCGCUACGUUUCGAACAAUUUUCAUAUAUUGUGAUAACUAAGAAAUCUCGAAUAUGAGUGAGUAAUCAUGACAAAAGUUGCUAAUUUCAAUUUAUCUCGUUGUUUUAAAUUCUAAGUCUGGGGAGUUGUGGUAAUGAAAACUAUUAUUAGCUCUCUAAUUGAGAAGAGUGUAGGGAAUACUCAAUUCUGUUUUUGUGACUGGUUUGUUAUAAUUUUUAUUGGCAUAGUAUUUAAAUAAAGAAAAAUCAUCUUUGACUGUGUCGAUGUAAUCGCGAUCGUUAUGUCGAUAUUGCUGACGUGCCUAUUUGGUUUAAAUGAUUUGUAUUUGUAAAUUGUGUCAAUAUGUACCUAAGCAAAUAUAUAUAUAUUAAUUCUGUAUGAUAUUCAUGUACAGCCGAAGGUGCCAUGUGAUGGCUCAUGCAUCAUCUAGGAGUAUGAGAUGAUCUCUACAAUUAUAAGGUGCUCUGAAUUAGAAUUAUUUAAUGUUUGUCUUGUGAUAAUGGUAUAGGGACUUGUAUUCGAGCGACCAAUCUGUAGAAGUCGAGGUUAAGUAAUAAGGGCUGGUCCCGCUCCGUGAAUUUGUCUCAUGGUCUCUUGUUCAUAUUAUUUAAUGUUCGUAUAUUAAGGCAAAGGAAUUAUAAACAUUGUACUCUAAUUAUUAUUAAAUAAGUAUAAUUUUGCAUUUCGAUUUAUCUUUAUAAUACACAUUGUUACCGUAGACUGGAAGUUUGUAAUAUCUAAAUAUCUUCAUUAUCAAUCACGUAAUCUUGUUUAGUAUUAUAGGCGGAUGUCUAACAUGUUUAUAAUGUAUAAUUCAAUGAAUUCAUUCUACACACUCUCCGUUAACCCUCAAAAGUUAAACUGUCACUUAAUUUGAUUUGCAUCCUAGAUUUCCUAAAUGUAAUCUUACUUUAGUCCGCUUAGUGAGUGUACUGCUAUUGUUUCCUAACUACAUAAUAUGUAAAUCUAGUCAUUUGUCAAGUAUCACUCCUUUAUAGACAUGAUUUAUCCUGUAUGAGUAAUUAUUGUGCCAUUUGCAAGAUAUUAUUUCUUGUUUUCCUUGUCGUUUAUUAUUAUUCAGCUUCAAAUUGAAAUUAUUUCGAGUAUGAAUAUUAAUAAGAUUAUUCCCGGAUUCGCCUAAAACACAUUUUUUUUAAUUAGUAACAAUAUGUACUUACUUUUUUACAUUACUUUUUAAAUACAUAUUAAGUUUUUUUUUUUAUUUAUAACCGACUACAAAAAGAAAAUGUUUCCAAUGUAUUUUUUUGUUUCUAUAACAGAUGAUAUAUCUUCGUCAAUUGUGAAGUUAUUUCGAUAAUCCACUUUUAAUGGAAAGGCUGUGUUGAUACCAUACUAAUAUUAUAAAAAUGGAAGUCUAAUUUGUAAAAAUAUUACACUAUACACAGUUUAAUUUCCAUCACGUUUUAUUGAGGCCGAAUGGCGUUGAAACCACAUGGAGUGAUGCAUUAAACUACUCUAUCAACUACCUACUAGAGGAAACAUUUGGACAUUCCUUUUCAAUUAAAAUUCUUACUAUUGCUUUAAUGGAAUCUUCUUUUUGACUUUUUUAAAGUCGGUCAAAAAUAAAUAUUAAUAGUAGUAAGUAGAAAAUUUACCGUGAGACUUAAAAGUACAACCGGCGCCAAUAGCGAAUAUUUGUUGUAAAAUAUUCUGAUAUAGAAACAUAUUACUUUCAUCAAUGUACUUCUUCUAUAUAGGUUUGUGUCAAUUCAUAUAAUUAUAGUUAUUUUAGAGUAAGAUGUAAUCUAUUGGAAUUUAAAAAUUUUUGCUAUGAGGCACAUGUAACCUUUGGUCAAAUAAAUCAUAAUUCAAAACAAACAAAUUUGUGUAUAUGGAGUGAGGCAAGCGAACACGAAAAUUAUGUUAGUUGUAGGGCUGGGUGGUAUACAGCAAUAUCUAUAUAUUGGCCCAGUAACGAAUAUGUUAAAUGUCUGUUAUUCAAUAUUUAAUGUCGAAAUGAAAAACUUGAUCGAAAUUAUUAUAAAUAUCUGACUGAUACGGGCUAUAUUGGAAUGGAUAUUUACCUUUUUUUUGCCAUCAGUGUCUAAAAGAACCCAAUAUAUAGAUAUUGGAGCGGUACCAAUAUUACCCAUGCCUAGUUAGUUGGUCAUGGAAUAUUCCGUUUAAUUAUGUACUUAUAUUCUUAAUGAUUUUUUUUUUAUUUUUAUUCAAAAGUUUACCAUAGCAGUGUUAUGCUUACGAUUACUUGAAAAUUCUCUUCUGGCACAUUUGUAACAUUUCAUCGUAACUCUGUUCUUACUAUAUAUUUUUUCCUCACAUAGAAUUUCCACGCUUCAAGUCGACCAAUAAAAAAUAUACUAUUGACAUGAGUAUAGGAUAUUAUCAUUGUGUUUUUCAAUAUUUUAUAGACUUGUAUAUACUAGUGGCGAAUGCACACUCAAUCGAUAUCUAGGAAAUUGUUAAUCUUUGUAAAUAUUGUUAAUCAUCCUGUCAAGUGCUAUACUAUUUGGAAUACGUAGGUAUAUCACGCAGUAAAGAGAUAUAUAAUUAUUUUUCGAAGGAAUCCUCUUAUUUGCUAAUUUUAAUCCAUGUAUUUCGACUCAAUAUUUUUCUUAUUAAAUGUACUUACACAUAGUGCCAAAAUAAUUUAUGUAUUUGCUUGUUGUAAUCAAUAUUAUUCAUUAAUUCAACUAAAGUACACUAGAUUUUGAAAUAUCACCGGUUCUAGUGGCUGGAUAUAAUUAGAGACUACUGUGGAAAUAAUACAAAAUUUGAAAAAAUAGUUCCGUUAAUUUUAGUGUAACUGUAAACUUUGUAGACGAGUAGUUCAACAAUAACUAUUUGUCAGAUACUUAAAUAACAAUAGGGAACUAUAACAAAUAUCAUAAAUUGUAAUUCUGUUUGGUGUCUUACAUAAUGUUGAGUUGUAAUUGUACGUAGAAUGAUGCACACCAUUUGAAAUGUAUCUUUGAUAUUGAUUCCACUUUCUCAGUUACAAAAUACGAAUAUGUCUGUCAUUCAUGUUUAUAUAUAUAAUUAAUAAUGAUCAGUCAACGGCUACGUCGAACACUAAUUAUGGAACGUUUAUAUAUUGAACCCUUUUUUAGAUAUUUCGAUUGCGCAUUAUGUAGUAAAGUGUAUUGUGUAUUUUUAUUUAUUUAAAUUCAAUUAAGCAAUAUUACUUACAAAUUAAAAGUGGUUUACAUGACCUGUA